UUCAGGCUUCGGCUCAGAUCCAUCGUGCCAACUAUUCCUCUGCUGCUGUGCCUAGGACAAAACUCUUCAUAAAUGGGCAAUUUGUGGAUUCAGAGACCUCAGACUGGAUUGAUAUUCACAACCCGGCCACCAAUGAGGUGAUUGGACGGGUUCCCCAGGCCACUCAGAGGGAAAUGGAAGCUGCAGCAAAAUCCUGUGAAAAAGCAUUUCCUGCUUGGUCAGAAACCUCUAUCCUCAACAGACAACAGAUCUUCCUGCGCUACCAGCAGCUCAUCAAAGAUAACCUGAAAGAGCUGGCUCGUCUGAUCACACUGGAGCAGGGGAAAAACUCUAGCUGAUGCUGAGGGAGACGUAUUUCGUGGACUACAGGUGGUGGAGCACGCCUGUAGUGUGACCUCGCUGAUGCUUGGCGAGACACUCCCUUCCCUCACAAAGGACAUGGACACUUACACCUUCCGCAUCCCCCUGGGUGUCUGUGCUGGCAUUGCACCCUUUAAUUUCCCUGCCAUGAUCCCUCUGUGGAUGUUUCCAAUGGGAAUGGUAUGUGGGAAUACUUACCUUAUGAAACCUUCUGAGCGGGUUCCUGGUGCCACAAUGCUUCUUGCACGUUUGUUACAAGAUUCUGGAGCUCCUGAUGGGACACUGAACAUUAUUCAUGGGCAACAUGCAGCUGUAAAUUUUGUCUGUGACCAUCCAGCAAUUCGGGCAAUCAGCUUUGUUGGCUCUAACCAGGCUGGUGAAUACAUUUAUGAGAGGGGCUCAAAAAAUGGAAAGCGAGUCCAGUCCAACAUGGGGGCCAAGAACCAUGGGGUCAUCAUGCCAGAUGCUAAUAAAGAGAGCACCUUGAAUCAGUUAGUGGGAGCGGCUUUUGGUGCAGCCGGACAACGGUGUAUGGCGUUAUCAACCGCUGUUCUGGUUGGGGAGGCCAAGAAAUGGCUUCCAGAACUGGUGGAAAGGGCAAAGAAGUUGAGAGUAAAUGCUGGGGACCAGCCUGGGGCCGAUUUGGGGCCGCUGAUUAGUAAAACGGCGAAGCAGAGAGUGUGCAGCCUGGUAGAAAGUGGUGUAAAGGAGGGUGCCACUUUGCUGCUGGAUGGCAGAGAAGUCAAAGUAAAGGGCUAUGAGGAUGGCAACUUUGUAGGACCAACUAUCCUGUCCAAUGUGACGCCAGACAUGACCUGCUACAAGGAAGAAAUCUUUGGCCCAGUUCUGGUUGUACUAGAAGCAGAAAACUUGGAUGACGCAAUUAAUAUUGUAAAUGACAAUCCUUAUGGCAAUGGCACAGCCAUCUUUACUACAAAUGGAGCCACAGCACGGAAGUACACUCACCUUGUAGAUGUGGGCCAGGUGGGUGUCAAUGUUCCUAUCCCUGUGCCUCUGCCAAUGUUCUCAUUCACCGGAUCUCGAGCUUCAUUCAGGGGUGACACCAAUUUCUAUGGGAAGCAGGGGAUUUAUUUCUACACCCAACUUAAAACUGUCACCUCUCAGUGGAAGGAAGAAGAUGCUACAGUAACCAGCCCAGCUGUGGUGAUGCCAACAAUGGGUCGUUCAUAA